UGAAAGCGCGAGUUGACCGGGCGUAGUAGGAGGAAGAGGUGAAAAAAGGAGGAGGAUUGGAAUCAAGAAGAAGAAGAAUAAGAGGAGGAGGAAGAAGAGGAGGAGGAGGGUGGAGAGUGGACGGUCUCCUUGUCAUGGUGACGAGGAGACAAUGGGGAAUCUGUUUGGCAAGAAGCGCAGGGCGCCGUCGCGAGUCACCGAGCAAGACCGGGCGGUGCUGCAGUUGAAGCAGCAGCGCGACAAGCUGCGCCAGUACCAGAAGCGGAUUGCCCUGCAGCUGGAGAAGGAGCGCGAGCUGGCGCGCAAGCUGCUCCGGGACGGCAAGAAAGACAAAGCGAUGCUUCUGCUCAAGAAGAAAAGAUAUCAGGAGCAACUCUUGGAGAAAACCGACACACAGAUCGGAAAUCUGGAGCACAUGGUCCAGGACAUCGAGUUUGCCCAAAUCGAGGCCAAGGUCAUCGAGGGACUCAAGGUCGGGAACGAGUGCCUGAAGAAGAUGCACGAGAUGAUGUCGAUCGAGGAAGUGGAGAGGAUAAUGGAUGAGACGCAAGACUCCAUCGACUAUCAGCGGCAAAUCGACGACUUGCUGGCCGGCGGUCUCUCCGACGAGGACGAAGAGGCGGUGCUCGCCGAGCUGGACGAGAUCACGAAGGACGCGGAACAGCAGCUGCCAGACGUGCCGGAUGAGGAGCUACCUUCAGACGAGGAGAGGGAAGCGAGACGGGGGGAGCGAGCGAAAGCCAAGGGCAAGGCGGCGGCGGCGGCGGCGAGCGACUCAUCGAGGCGAGAGGAGGCAAUGGUGGCAUCGUGACCCAACGCUCGUUAAGGGGUUGGAGGGGCUAUGGGGG